AUGGGCCACCGCCACCUCUCGGCGUCGUCGAUGCUGGAGGCGGCCGGUGCCAUACCGGACCCAUUCCCUUCUGAGCUCCGGUGGCCUUUCGGCCACCUCGACUCCCUCAACCGCGACGAGUUUCGAGAAUCCGCCUAUGAGAUCUUCUUCGUGGCCUGCCGCUCCACUCCCGCGGGCAUGCGCCUAUCUGCCACAGCUACACCAGGCCCAGCCGGCGCAGGGGAUCAUCACCAGCUGGGAGGCCGAGGCAGGGUGGGGGCCGCGACGCCGACGAGGCCGGAGGCUGGUGCCGGUGGAGCAAAGAACAUGGCGGUGACGAGCCGCCUGAAGCGGGCGCUUGGCCUGCGCGCGAGGAAGACGAGGCCCAUGGUGGGAGCGGGCAAGGCCGGCGGCCGGCCGAUGACGUCGGCCGAGAUCAUGCGGCGGCAGAUGGGGGUCACCGAGCAGAGCGACAGCCGUAUCCGCAAGACCCUCGUCCGCUCCCUCGUCGGCCCGCAGAUGUCCAAGAAGGUGGAAUCACUUGUGCUUCCCAUGGAGCUCCUCCGCCACCUCAAACCCUCCGACUUCUCCGACGCCAACGAGCACUGCGCAUGGCAGCUCCGCCAGCUUAAGGUCCUCAAGGCAGGCCUUGUUUCGCAUCCCUCCGUGCCGCUUGACCACGGUAACCCUGCGGCGCCCACUCUCCGCGAGAUGAUCCGGUCCGCCGAGCAGCAGACGAGGCUCCUCGACGUGCGCGCCCUCUCCGCCGCUGUGAUGGCGCUGUCCUGGCGCUCCGUCGAUGUUUGCCGCUGGGCCGACGGUUACCCCCUCAAUGUGCACCUCUAUCUGUCCCUCCUCCGCGCCGUCUUCGAUGCCAGGGACGAGACGGCGGUGCUGGACGAGGUUGACGAGCUGCUCAAGUUGAUCAAGAAGACGUGGAACGUCCUUGGGCUCAACAAGAUGAUACACAACGUCUGCUUCACCUGGCUGCUCUUCGAGAAGUACGUGGUCACAGGGCAGAUCGAGCCGGAUCUUCUGUCUGCCACCUUGGCAAUGCUCGAACAAAUCCGAGGCGACGCCGAGAAGCAGGCCGACCUGCUGGAGCCAGGUUACCUCAGGAUCUUGGCCGUGACACUGGCGUCCAUGCAUUCGUGGGCAGAAGACAAGCUGUUGGAUUACCAUGAGGCGUUUGGCGCUCAGGAUUCUAUGGGUGCAAUGGACAACGUCGUGUCCCUUGCUGUUUCAGCUGCAGCGAUGCUGAGCCAAGAUGUCCCAUCGCCUUUCGUAGCUGCUGCAGCAGGGGCGGUUGUCGAUAACGUCGUCGACACUGGUGCUACCGGCGGACAUCUUCCAGCGGGAUCAUCUUCAUCGUUUUCAGCUGGUGAGCAAGUCGAGCGGUAUAUCAAGUCGUCGGUGAGGCAUGCUUUCACCAAGCUGCACGAGACUGGCACCGCGGGGAAGAUGGACAGCAUGAUCGUGGAGGUGGACGAGGACCCCUGCGAGACCCUGAUGUAUGUGGCGGCGCAGACCAAGGACAUGGCGAGGGUGGAGAAAGAAGUGUACAGCCGCGUUCUCCGGCAGUGGCACCCUUGCCCGAUUGCCGUGGCCGCCGCCACCCUCCACGACUGCUUCGGUGCGCUUCUGAAGCGGUACGUCUCCAGGAUGGCCUGCAGCCUGAGCAGCGAGUCUGUGCGCGUCCUGCACGCGGCCUCUAAGUUGGACAAGUCGUUGCUACAGAUGGCCGCCGAGGACGACCCAGCAUAUUCCAUCAGGCAGCAGAUCAUGACCCCCUACGACGUUGACUCCACCAUUUUUGGCCUCGUCAAAGGCUGGAUGGAUGAGCGGCUAACGAUCGGGGCGGAGUGCGUGAGGAGGGCCCGAGACUCCGAGAGCUGGAACCCCAGGUCCAAGGCCGAGCCGUAUGCACAAUCUGCAGUGGAUCUGAUGAAGCUGGCCAAGGUGACUGUGGAUGAGCUGCUGGAGAUUCAGGUGGCAGGCCAACCACCGGCCUGCAGGCAGGAGCUGCUUCAGCAUCUGGUCGACGGCAUCGAUCAGCUUGUCCACCAAUAUGCUCUUCUCGUUGCCUCGUGCGGGUCAAAGGAGAGCUUCUUUCCUCCGUUGCCGCCGUUGACACGGUGCAACCAGGACUCGAAGCUCGUGCAGCUUUGGAAGAAGGCGGCGCCGCCGUGCCAGGUGGGCAUCGACAACCAGCUGGCGGCGCUUAACUGCGGCGGAGUCGACAUUGUCACGAGUAGCAAGCCCAGGCUGGUGGUGAGCCGGUCAAGGGGAGACCAGGCGGUGCGCCCUGCCACCAGCCGCGGCACGCAGCGCCUCUACGUCCGUCUCAACACCCUCCACUACCUGCUCACCGUCCUGCACUCCAUCGACAGGGCCCUCUCCUCUGCGCCGGCCCCGCAACGACGUCGCCGCGCCCGGAGCUCUGCCUUCGAUCACGCCCGCCCCGCCCUCGACGCUGCCGUCCUCCACGUAUCCGAGCUCUCCGCGUACCGCCUUGUCUUCCUCGACUCUGCCGACGUCCUCCACCAGGCGCUCUACCAGGGGAGUGUCUCCGAAGCUCGGAUCCGGCCCGCGCUGCGCGUCAUGAAGCAGAACCUCACGUUCCUCGCCAGCGUCCUCAGCGAGCGAGCGCAACCGCCGGCGGUGCGCGAGGUGAUGAAGGCCUCCGUGGAGGCCUUCCUGACGGUGGUCCUUGCGGGCGGCAGCGGGCGGGCCUUCAGCCGCGCGGACUACGGGGCCGUGGAGGAGGACUUUGCUAGCUUAAAGCGCCUGUUCUGCAGCUUCGGGGUGGCAGAGGAGGUGGCCGAGAGGGAGGCGGCGCAGGCGGAGGGGGUGAUGGCGCUCAUGGCUCUGUCCACGGAGAAGGUCAUCGACGAGUUCCUCAGCCGUUGCGCUUCCACUUCGAUGGCGCCUGAUGAGUUAUCGCAGCCGCCGAUGGCAGUGCCGCUCACGACGAGGCGCUGGAGCCGGUCUGACGCCAAUACGAUCCUCCGCGUGCUCUGCCACCGAGACGACGAGGCAGCAAGUAGAUUCUUGAAGAAAGCCUUUGAUCUGACCAAGAGGAGGUAGCAGCCAUACAUGCCAAUAUACUACUCCAUUACUG